CCUCUCCCGGCCGACACGGAACUGCUGGAGCUGCAUCAUCUCAGGUUAUAAAAGACCAGCUGCGUAUUAUGGCCGCAGACUCUAUGGAAAUUGACGAUGGUUUAUACAGCCGGCAGAGAUAUGUCCUGGGUGACAGUGCUAUGCAGAAGAUGGCUCAGUCUCAUGUUUUCCUCAGUGGAAUGGGGGGGCUUGGUGUAGAAAUUGCAAAGAACCUUGUUCUGGCUGGAAUAAAGGCUUUGACCAUUCAUGACACCCGGCCGUGUGAAACUUGGGAUCUUGGAACAAAUUUUUUCAUCAGAGAAGAUGAUGUCAACGCUCGCAGAAACAGAGCUGAAGCUUGUCUUCAACGCAUUGCAGAACUUAAUCCUUAUGUUCGUGUCAUAUCGUCUACGGCACCACUGGAUGAGACCAGCAAUGUCUUAUUUCUACGGCAGUACCAGUGCGUGAUACUCACUGAAACCCGGCAUUCGUUACGCAAAGCGAUAAACAACUUCUGCCAUUCUCAAAAGCCACCCAUAAAGUUCAUCAGCUCCGAUACCUAUGGAAUAUGUGCAUGUCUGUUUUGUGAUUUCGGAGAAGAGUUUGAAGUUUUGGACACCACAGGGGAAGACCCUAAAGAGAUAUUUAUUUCUAAUAUAACACAGUCUAAUCCAGGAGUCGUAACUUGCUUUGAAAACCGGCCACACAAAUUUGAACCCGGAGAAUAUGUCACUUUCCGGGAAGUAAAUGGAAUGACGUCCUUAAAUGGUUCCAUGCAGCAAAUCUCAGUGAUCUCUCCUUACUCAUUCAGCAUUGGUGAUACCUCAGACAUGGAACCUUAUCAACAUGGAGGGUUAGCAUUGCAGAUCAAAAUGCCCAAGUCAUUUUCAUUUGAAAGAUUAGAAAAACAGUUGGAGGAUCCAAAAUACCUUACUGCCGAUUUCAUCAAGCCAGAGGCACCUUUGAAUAUUCAUACGGCAAUGCUGGCAUUAGAUCAGUUUCAAGAGAUCCACUAUCGCUUACCAAACAUAGGAUGCCCUCAGGAUACAGAAGAGAUGCAAAAAUUAGCCGAAUCUGUAAUUCAAACUCUACAAACUAAACCUCAGCUGGAUAGGAAUUUGAUAAAGUGGUUGUCUUGGACAGCUCGAGGGUUCUUGGCUCCUCUUGCGGCUACUAUAGGGGGAAUAGCCAGCCAAGAGGUAUUGAAAGCAGUGACCGGAAAGUUUUCUCCUUUACAGCAAUGGCUUUUUCUGGAUGCCAUGGAAAUUGUGAAUUCACUGGAACAGAUCAGUAGAGAUGAGUUUCUUCCAAGAGGGGAUAGAUAUGAUGCAUUAAGAGCUUGUAUCGGAGACUCCUUUUGCCAGAAAAUUCACAACCUCAAUGUUUUUCUGGUUGGAUGUGGUGCAAUCGGCUGUGAAAUGCUGAAGAAUUUUGCACUUCUUGGUGUUGCCAGUGGCUCAGAGAGAGGCUCAAUUACAAUCACAGACCCUGACUUGAUUGAGAAAUCCAACUUAAACAGGCAGUUUCUAUUUCGGCCUCACCACAUUCAGAAACCUAAAAGCUGCACUGCUGCUACUGCAACCUUGAGUAUUAACCCUCAGUUGAAAAUAGACCCUCGUUUAGACAAGGUGUGUCCUGCAACAGAGAACAUCUAUAACGAUGAGUUCUUCACCAGGCAGGACAUUGUUGUGACAGCACUGGACAACGUGGAGGCGAGACGAUAUGUGGACAGUCGUUGUGUCUCAAACGUAUGUCCUCUUCUUGACUCUGGCACUAUGGGGACAAAAGGGCAUACAGAAGUUAUUGUACCUCAGUUGACAGAAUCAUACAACAGCUAUCGUGACCCUCCAGAUGAAGAAAUUCCUUUUUGCACUUUGAAGUCAUUUCCAGCUUCAAUUGAGCACACAAUUCAAUGGGCAAGAGACAAGUUUGAGAGUACGUUUUCCCACAAGCCUUCACUGUAUAAUAAAUUUUGGCAGACACAUACAUCUGCGCAAGACGUUUUGAGGAGAAUACAGUGUGGAGAUAGUUUGGAAGGCUGCUUUCAUGUUGUUAAACUACUUAGCAAAAAACCUAGAACGUGGGAUCAAUGUGUGGAGCUUGCAAGACUGAAGUUUGAAAAGUAUUUCAAUCACAAGGCACAACAGUUGCUGCAUUCAUUCCCCCUGGACACACGAUUGAAAGAUGGAAGUUUAUUUUGGCAAUCACCAAAGCGUCCACCUACUCCGAUAAAUUGUGAUGUAAAUGACCAAUUGCAUUUUAGCUUCAUUGUUAGUGCAUCCAAAUUGUUUGCUGAAGUACACAGUAUUCCUUUCACUGACAAGGACUUGUCACAAGAUGUUAUCACAAAAAUAAUCUCAAAAAUGGGCAUCAAAGAAUUUACUCCUUCAAACAAAAUUGUUGAAACUGAUGAAACCGUUAAAAAACCGGACCAAAUACCAGUAAGUAGUGAGGAUGAGAGGAUUGCAGUUCUACAGCUGGAGAAGGUCAUAGCAGCCGAGCAGACAUCAAAAUUGGACCUUCAAAUGAAGCUGUUAUCAUUCGAAAAAGACAAUGACAGCAACGAGCACAUUAACUUCAUCACAGCAGCUUCCAAUCUUAGAGCCAAGAUGUACAAUAUUGAGCCAGCUGACAGGCUGAAGACCAAGCGCAUUGCAGGGAAGAUCAUACCGGCUAUCGCCACAGCAACUGCUGCAGUGUCUGGUCUGGUUGCUUUGGAACUUAUAAAAGUCGUGGGAGGAUAUCCAUUUGCAGCUUACAAGAAUUGUUUUUUUAAUUUAGCCAUUCCAAUUAUUGUCUUCACUGAGACAGCAGAAAUAAGAAAAACACAGAUAAGAAAUGGUAUUACAUUUACUAUAUGGGACAGAUGGACUAUAUACGGAAAGGAAGACUUUACUCUUCUGGAUUUCAUUAACGCUGUCAGAGAACAAUAUGGGAUUGAGCCGACAAUGGUUGUUCAAGGAGUAAAAAUGCUGUAUGUCCCUGUUAUGCCUGGACAUGCAAAAAGAUUGAAACUUACGAUGCAAAAACUAGUGAAGCCUGGAGCAGACAAAAAAUAUGUUGACUUGACUGUGUCAUUUGCUCCCGAAUCUAAUGAAGAUGAAGACUUGCCAGGACCACCUGUCAGAUAUUACUUCAGCCAGGAGAACAAUUGAUGAUAUGUGUAAUAAUCUUACUCCACGUUUAUGUGUUGGUACUACUUGUCACAACUAGGUAAAGCCUUAAUGGAAAGGAACAAGCUGACGUAGUCAAUUGCACUAAUACAUUUGUAUAACACAAAAUGGAGUAUAGAGUGUCCCCAGUUCUUUCUUUUAAAGGGAUACUAAACCCACGUUUUUCUUUCAUGAUUCCGAUAGAGCACGAAAUUUUAAGCAACUUUCUAAUUUACUCCUAUUAGCAAUUUUUCUUUGUUCUCUUGCUAUCUUUAUUUAAAAGGACGUAAUGUAAAUCUUAGCAGCCAGACCAUUUUAGGUUCAGCACCAUGGAUAGAGCUUGCUUAUUGGUGGCUUAAAAUUAGCCUCCAAUAAGCAAGCAUAACCCAGGUUCUCAACCAUAAAUGGGCCGGCUCCUAUGCAUCAAAUUCCUGCUUUUUAAAUAAAGAUAGCAAGAGAACAAAUACAAUUUGAUAAUAGGAGUAAAUUAGAAAGUUGCCUUAAAUUGCAUGCUCUAUCUGAAUCAUGAAUGAAAAAAAUUGGGUUAAGUGUCCCUUUAAGCUUUUUUUCUUUGUAACUAGAGUAUUUGUUUAUGAAACUGUUUGGGAUGCAAUACUCCAUGCUACAAUCCAAAAAUGUAUAAAUAAAAACUAGAAUACGGAAGAUCAAGAUGGUAUUUUUGAUUCCUAAUUUAUUGCACCUCCUUUCUUAACGUUCUGUAGGUGGAAUUUGCUACAGUAGUGUAUAUAUGUUUAUGUGUGCAUUGCAGUAGAAGUUUUUGUCUCUGCGUGAGCAUACAAGCCCUUCAUGCUAGCAAAUACAUAUAUGCAUAUGUGUGUGAAUAGAAAUAUAUUACACACGCACGCGUAUACUUGAUGAAUUUAAAGAAACUCUCACUGCUAUUGGUUUAUUUCUGUCUGUCAGUUUUGUAUUUGUUUACACUCGUAUUUUUGUUUAAAUAAAUGCUGUUUUCAGGUUUUGACUUGGA